AUAUCUCUGUGAUAAAUAUACACACAUCUUAGCUUGAGGUCAGUAGCAAGUUCAAAUAUGAUUUAGUCAAGAUUUAGCACGCUUGUGAUAAUUUUCCAUUUCUAAAGGUAUUAGAAAAUGUACUUAAAAGUGUGCAAAACAAACCUACUCCAAAGUGCCCGUAAACAAUUUCGAAAUUACCAUAGUGAUAAUGUUUUCGGUUUUAAGCGGAAAAGUAAACAUGUUUACACCGCACCCGAACAAGUAUUAAAAGCCCAAUGCGACCAAAGCAACUUCUUCCGUCUCGUCAGCGCUUUCCGACAAAAUGCCCACAAAACCGCCGACGUAAAUCCGGUCGCUCUCACCCGCGAAGUAACAAUUUUCCCGGAUUUUGACCCGAAACGCUACUGCCUCGACCCCGACACCAAAAUCAAAUUCACCGGAAUUUUAAACACGACGCAGUCCGAAGGCACAGUUGCCGAAGCCGUGGACUUCCUCCGACAUGUCUACGGGAAGAAUAUCGCCGCCGAAUUCACCCAUUUAGAGAACCCGGAAGAGAUCGACUGGUUUUGUAACCGGCUCGAACAACUCGUCCCGGAAGAAAUCGACACGGAGACAAAACUCCGGCUAGCGACAGAGUUGCUCCGGUCGCAGAACUUCGACAAUUUUCUCGCUAAUAAAUUCACUGGUGUUAAGCGAUACGGGGGCGAAGGCGCCGAAAGCAUGAUGGCGUUUUUUAGCGAGUUUUUUCGCCUUGCGGCAGGAGAUAGCGUCGAACAGUUGGUGGUUGCAAUGCCGCAUAGGGGACGCUUGAAUCUUCUCACCGGAAUGCUCAAUUUUCCUCCGGUGAAGAUGUUUGCCAAGCUGAAGGGGAAGAGCAACUUUUCGGACAAGUAUCGUGUGACGGGGGAUGUUUUAAGUCAUUUUGUGUCUUCAACUGAUUUGAAAUUUGGAGAUAAAAAUCUUCACGUAACUCUGUUGUACAAUCCUUCGCAUUUGGAAGCUGUUAAUCCCGUCUCAAUGGGGAAGACUAGAGCCAAACAAUUGGAAAGUCGCGAUGGGGACUAUGGGGAUGGGAGAUGGGGUGAUAAAAUUAUUAAUUUACAAGUGCAUGGAGACGCUGCGAUUACUGGACAAGGAGUUAAUCAGGAAUGUUUAGCUUUAAGUGGAACUCCACAUUUUGAAAUUGGUGGCUCUAUCCACUUAGUUGUUAAUAAUCAGUUAGGUUUUACUACACCAGCAGAUCGGGGAAGAUCAUCAAGGUAUUGCACCGACUUAGCUAAAAUGAUUUCAGCACCGGUUAUUCACGUCAAUGGAGACUUCCCCGAGAUGGUUCUAAAAGCUACAAAAUUAGCAUUUGAAUAUCAACGUAAAUUCCGAAAAGAAGUUUUUAUCGAUAUGAAUUGCUACAGACAAUGGGGACACAACGAAUUAGACGAUCCGACUUUUACUAAUCCUUCACUUUACGGAAUUAUCAGAUCUAGAGGUACAGUCCCUGACCAAUAUACGAAAAAACUAAUCGACGAAGGGAUUUUAAACGAGGAAGAAAAAAAUACCAUCAUCAAAGAACAUACGAAAUGGCUUAAUGAGCACUUGAAAGCUGUAGAUUCUUACAAACCUGACGACGUUUAUUUCAAAAAACAAUGGGAGGGGUUUUCGCAAGCUGACGAAGCCAUAACGACUUGGGACACCGGAAUUCAUCUAGAUCUUCUCACAUACAUCGGAAGCAAAUCGGUCCAAUUUCCGGAACAUUUCAAUGUCCAUCCGACUCUCCUCAAAACCCACGUAAAAAAUCGCCUGGCUCGAGUGGCCGAAGGCGUAAAUAUCGACUGGUCAACGGCUGAAACUCUCGCUUUUGGUUCAUUAUUAUACGAGGGGUAUAAUAUACGCAUUAGCGGCCAGGAUGUGGGAAGGGGCACUUUUUCGCACCGCCACGUAAUGCUAGUCGAUCAACAAACAAACCAUAUUUAUAUUCCCUUGAACAACUUGCACGAAAACCAAGGCGGUUUCCUCGAAAUUGCUAAUAGUAUUUUAUCAGAAGAGGCGGUUCUAGGGUACGAGUACGGCAUGAGCAUCGAAAGUCCGAAAAAUCUAAUUAUUUGGGAAGCCCAGUUUGGGGAUUUUUUCAACGGCGCCCAAAUUAUCUUCGACACGUUUGUAUCAAACGGAGAAGUGAAGUGGUUAUGGAGUAGCGGUUUAGUUGUGCUUCUACCACAUGGGUACGAUGGAGCCGGUCCUGAACACAGCUCAGCCAGAAUCGAAAGGUUUCUACAAAUGACCGAUUCCAAAGAAGAUAAAGUCGACGGUGAUAAUGUUAAUAUGCAAGUUUGUCAUCCGAGCACCCCAGCACAAUAUUUCCAUUUACUACGAAGACAGAUGUUGCGCAAUUUUAGAAAACCUUUAAUUGUAAUAGGCCCGAAAACACUUUUAAGACUGCCGGAAGCUACCUCAAAUUUCGCCGACAUGGGUCCUCAAACAACAUUUCAACCCGUCAUAACCGAUAAUACUCACGACCCGAAACAAAUCCAAGUCGUUCUGUUAACCUCAGGAAAACACUUUUACAAUCUUGCUUCAAAAAGGGAAUCACUAGGUGCCAAAAAUGUGGCAAUUGUUCGAUUAGAAUCGUAUUGCCCGUUUCCGACUCUAGAAUUACAACAGGAAGUUGCGAAAUUUCCCAAUGCAAAAAUUUUUAUGUGGUGUCAAGAAGAGCCACAAAACAUGGGCGCUUGGAGUUUUGUGAAACCUCGAUUUGAGAAUUUAGUUGGCAGAAAAAUUCAGUUUUGUGGUCGACCAACUCAAGCUGCUCCAGCGGUUGGAAUUGGCGAAUUGCACGACCAGCAAGUGUCGGAAAUCCUGAGCAAACCGUUUUCGUUUGAAAUUUAAAAACCGUUUCAAUUAAUUAGCCAUAUAUUUUUUUAUAUAAUGUACACAGUACAAUACAGUGCUAGCUAUCUACGAAAAGACCUUGUCAGUUGUUCUAUAAGCCUGACACUUAAGUAAUACUUAUCUAACUUAAAUUUAGAAUUAGUAUAAUUAUAGAAAAGGACAGUAUUUUACAAACAUGAUAUACACAGACAUCAGUCAUAUCAAAACAUAAAUAUAUAAGUAGGGUUGUA